GCCAAUCAGACGCCACGUGACCUCUAUAUAGAGAAUGAAUGUGAGAAGUAUGAUUCAAAAAAUAGAGAAAAACACAAGGAAGAAGUCUUGCAACUUCUGCAAGACUUUGGAGUUCCAGAGAUAAUUUUAACCAGAGGCAGUGAGGCUCUGAAGGUUUUUAACGAGGAAUUACAAGAAGGAAGGAUCACAGUAAACCAUGCACGAUUAAUGGUGACUGGCAAAGAGGGGGUGGGAAAGACUUGUUUGGUAAACACUCUGCUAGAAAGAACAUUUAAUGAAGAAGAACCAUCGACUGAUGGAAUAGUGUUGACCACUGCUUUUCAAACUACUAAUAUAAGUAGUGUGUGGAAAGAGGCAGAGGACAUGGACG